GAUGGAGAUGUAACAAUUACAAAAUGGCUGACAGUUUAACCCCAAGUGCCUCUACAAACCCUUUCAGUACUCACCCAGAGGAACAGGGAGUCCCUAGGCGGAACUGCCCAUCUCCUCAUAACCCCUUUAGUCUUCCUGCGAGGGCCAGUAGUCCCGGCAACCCUUUUGCUCCGCCCGUUGCCCCCUCUGCAGCCCCUUCUGAUGAAGUGAUUCCAUUUAGUGAUGUGUGUGAACCAAUGCAACCCGUCAAACUAGACGUUAUGUUUCCUGAGCUUGCCACGAAUGAUCUUCCAAUCGCAACAUCCAAUACAACACAUGAUGUUGCUGCAACAUAUGGUGAGUCAUCAGACUUCCCCGAGAUAUAUCUUUCAAAGACACAGGAGGAUGUCCCAACAAACCAUGUUGCGGAUGACCCGAGUUCUAGAAUGUCCAGUUGGGGAAACAACACCAACAACAGCAACCGUGCAGACGAGACUGCAGAGAGCGGUUUUGGUGAUGGUUUUGGUGAUGGUUUUGGUGAUGACUUUGGAUCCCUGAGCCAUACCGAUGUGAUCUUCAAGACUGGAUUCAUGGAUAACAACUUCAAAGCUGUAGGAGUCACAGCAGAAGAGGAUGACCUGUGGUCCUCAUCAUUCAUCAUGGAAGACCCAUCACCAGAUGGAGAGACUCUCCAGUCAUCAGGUGACCAGGAAUCAACCAACCCUGAAGAAGAGACACGCACCCGGUCUGAAGAUCAAAGUGGUAUGCAGUUCCAUUCCUACCGUACAUCGGGGGCAGUUCCUGAGAUUGACGAGCAGGGAAUAGGGCUUUCAAACGCAAAGGUACAUGUUGAAGUAGACUUUUUACCAGACUUAGCCGAAGGCCCAUGGGAUCCUUGGUCACCAGAAGACACCAAAAAACAGCUGUCUUUCCAAGACCAAUCAACAAGCGAUCCUCGGGCAUCAAGAGGUCCAACCUUUGAACAAUCACAUUGGAUUGAGAAGUCACAGGAAUCCGGUGUCGAGGAUAUGUUUUCCAUGCAAGGAUCGGGUCGCUGGGGAGUCCGUGCCAAGGUGGACGCUGACAAAGAAAGAGGAAAGGAAGUGGAUGAGUCUGGGCAAGAUCCAUGGGCUCCGUGUAAGAAUACCAAAGAGGUUGCAGAUCAAAAAGGAGCAAAAACGCUGGCACUUGAUCUUUCAGCCCCCUUGUUUAAUCCGUUUUCAUCAGAGGACAGUUUCCGCUCAUCCCUGCAGAAGGCUUUAAGUCCUUUCCAGGAUGAGCCAUCCAGGCCAUUUCACCCUCAAUAUGAUUCAAGUUCAUUCCCAUUUCUUGGAACAUCCCAGCUCCAAGGAGAGGCCGUCAGCGGUCGCAGUGAUCCUUGGAGUCCUAGUCUUAACCCUGAUAACCAAGAAGGGAACCUUUCCCGAGGGAACAGUCCGUUCCACUUUCAAAAUGAUCCUACCUCAAACAGUACCAAUUCCGGGCCGUUCCCAUAUCAGGGAAAGUCCCAGCUCCAAGUAGAUGCCUUCCCGACCUACAAUGAUCCUUGGUCUCCUAGUCUUACCCCUGACAACCAAGAUGUGCAUGGUCCCAGAAGAAGCAGGUCACCCAAUCCCUUCACACCGGUGGAAGACACUGCCAAUCCUUUCUUGCAUGACCUGGAUCUACUGCCAGGAAAGCUUGGGAAGAUGAAUCAAAAAGAGGUCAGUGUUAAACUGUGUGUUUGAUUGUUUCUUUUCGCCAAAGUACUAUGAAUGUGUUGUAUGCUGUGUAUGUAUUUGUAAAUAAGAUCUUGAGGGCUUAGGGUUUGAGUUCUGUCCAAGGGACAGGUGAUUAGUGCUUUUAUCCUUUAGGACACUAGAAGCCUGU